UCAUGCUGUCUGUGCUGGUGGUAAACUUCACAAACAACGUGUUGUUAGCUAGUGCUGCCUGAAACUUGCCCGGCAGCUCUCGGCUCCGCGCCGGCUCCCCGGCACUAAGCGCUCUGUCGCAGAGGAACCGACCUUUACUACAGUUUUUUAUCCGGGUUUAUUUUGUUGCUGUUUCCGUUUAGACGAAUUGAGACAUUAAAAAAAACAAAAACAUCACGCGUCUUCCCAUUUCACGGUCGCGCCGCUAGUGUCCACAACAACACCGGCUGUCAGUUGCUCGACAUGCUAGCGGUGUUAGCAGACGCGCUGCUUUUUUUUGUCGCGUGCGAAUCAAGUUUUUAAAACGUGUGAAACGCCAGUAGUCUGUGUGACGGAGAACCUGUCUGCGGCGUGUAGCCGUGGCAGACUGCAGCCCGGGCACACAGGCGCGUUGUUGACACGGUGUAAGCUCAGUUUGGCCGAGGAAAGGAAGAGUUUGAAUGUCACUUGAUGCACAUUUCGGGCGAAGCACCACACGCUACUGUUGUCAAAACUUUUACUAUCUCACUGUUUACACAAUAAGUCAAAGGUAGGACAAGGCAUGUGGACUGCGUCAUUUCACUGUAAACAGUCGGUGCUGCAAGUAAAUAUUUAUUACUGUCUACUGACAUUUAAAUAAAUAAUAAAACGUUAAUUUAAUUUAGUUAAACGUGUGAGAUAGACAGACUAUUUCAGACUGGGGAUAAUAGGCAAUGCAACUGUAACAAGAGGAGGCACAAAAUAAGAGAUUAAAAUAAACAUAUAUGAAUAAUAGUUUCUCACAAAGAGACAACCAUAGGCGACCAAUGUCUCUACAGCUGGGUUAGAUAUUAGUGGUGCUUGAUAUUUGUACCUAUAAAAUAUGAAUGGAAGCGGUAAGUUUCCACAGCGAUAAUGACAACAAAUUGUUUAAUAUUGUGUGCAUGAAUAGUUAAUUACAGCCUGACUAGUUUAAUUCAGGUUAAGAAAUUCAAAUUGAAAAAAAUAUAAUCUAAAAGGGAAUAAGGAAAUAAAUUCUGUAAUAAUAAAAGCACACAAAAAGUGUUAAAAUGAAGUGGCGUAUUAAUAAUGAGUUUUCAGAUUUUAUUUUCAAAUGAGAGGAGACUGGUUACAUUGAGGUGAGAUGGCCCACGCAUUGUCGUGUCCCUUCACAGGCCUUAUAUGUGGGAGUAAAAAGUUCGGAAACUAACUCUAUCUUACGCAGUGCAAGCUAAUUUAAGCCUGUUAACGUUUGUCAACUUUAUCAAUAGGUUAAGCUAUCGCAAGACCUCUUAGUAACCUUUUUGAUUUUCUAAAAAUUGCAGUUUAAAUUUUGAAAUCAGUUUGUCAUUGAAAUUUUAUUUGUUAUACGUCACAAAUGUCAGGGACAUAAAAUAAUAGAGAUACGUGUAAUCAUCAGGUAAUUUUAAUUAUGCUUUCUCAUGCAGUAUUGAGGAAUUUCUGUCAGAUUAAUGAUAUGGUGAGUCUGUCAGGAGAAGCUCCAGUAAUUUUCUUUUCAUACCCAGGGCAGAUGAAAGAAAAAGUUGAAAUAGUAGAGUGGAAGGCAUAAUGUAUGUUGUGCAUGAGACAAUGACAAUACAACACUAUGGCAAACUUGAAAACAGUCUUUAUUCCAGUGGAUCAUUGAUCUUAUAUGAUAAACGAGUUGCCGUAGCUGCAUGACACUCUCAUUUCUCUCUUACUCAGACUAAGCAAUGCUUCAAAAUAAUUCAUUACAGAUGAGCAUGAUUCCAUUAGAAUUACAGUAGCAACAAAGUGAAUAGAAUUUAGAUAUAUAUAUUUGAUGGGUCAGAUGUUUUGGAUGAAGUUUGGGAAAACAUUCAAGUGUUGUUUAGUUAUCGUGCAGAAGUUAAGAAGCUGGUGUUGAGUAGAGAUCAUUUGGUGGUGAUUUAUCUGAUGACUGCAGAUGCUGGAAAACAGUGAAAUAUUAACUUAGAAGCAGGCACUCGCUCGGCAGGGAUUUUCAAACGUAGUCUGCAUCAAGCGUCACAGUUGUAGAAAAAAAAAAAAGGUAGAUUUCCAUUGUGGUAACUAGAUUCAAUUGGUGAAUCAAAUGAAAAGCUAUUGGAAGUGACUGAAGUGGCUGUUGAAAUGAUCAGUUAUCUGAUGUUUCUAUAAUGUAUAAUACAUCCUUUGUUAUUCCUGGGAAUGAAAAGCUGCUGCUUUUUAGGUUUGGGUUUGUCAUUUCAUUAAAAUUUGGGUAAGAGUCUUAAGACACUAUAUAUUAUCCAAAAGCGGAGUGAGUUAAGAAAAGGUCAUGAGCUGGAUUUAACCUCCCAAAAUAAUGCAUGUGUGGCAUUUGCCUCGGUCUGCUCAUCCAUGCUAAGUUGAGCUCCUUCAUUUGUUUCUGUCGUUGGGCCUAAACGAUUGGAACCAGUCAUUUCUCUGGCUUUGUCCUUUUCGUGAAUCUUUGGCAAAGUAUGCGAAGGUUUGGCUUGUGCUAUCAUAGAUCAAUUUUUCCUUUCAUUAAAAAAGAAGUUUAAUUUGGAGAUGGGACGAGGGAAAAAAACUGCAGCUGGAAUAAGCGUAGGAAUAAAAGCACCACUGUGUAAGUGGUUUUAAUCUGGUCCAGACUGUAUGACUUGGCCCAUAAGGGGGGUGCCUGUCCAAAUUAAUAACGGAGGUGUAAUACAGAAUCACACAGCCAGAGUAACAGGGAGGUGCACGCUGCUGCAUUGGUCUCCAUCGCUGAAGGCAAGGCUCAAGUCCAGACUUGUUUUUUGUAACAAGCUCUUCUGUAAAUAUCUGGCAGGUUUCUACUUCACUGAGCGUCUUCAUUUGUACAUGCUGCUUGAAUUGGGCUGUGAUUGCUGUCAUUUGAAAAUGAAUGUAGAUGUUAGAUUUAAAUAUCAUGAACAGGAGAGGUAAAAACUCCCAAAACCAGAACAAAAACCACAAGUUUUCUAUAUUACCAAAAGUUCUAAUAUUUUAGAUAAUGUUCUUAACUUUCCAAAAACAGUGCUCUUAUGUAAGCAGGUUGCAUCCUCCUUUUCAUCUUAUUCUUUAAUGGAGUUGAGUUGUGGAUGUUGGACUCCUGUGCACUUUUACUUUUACUGAGUCCAAGCGUCUGUUAUCUCACUCUUUUUCAGCGUUUCUACUUACACAUGUGAAUGUGAUUAAAGUCUCUGUAAUGGUUUGGUGCACAACAACACCCUGUCUCUCGUUUUUUUGGGUUCUUUUCUUUGUCCGUUUGUAUCGCUGUGUGUCUUCAUGUGUUUUCUUGCUAUGAAACAGUCACUUCUUCGAGGUGAAUUAAGCCAUUGUUCGAUUCAAAGUCAUUGAACAUUGAUUUCAGGGUUUUCCCCUGAUUCCCUCUGUGGAUUAGCUUACCUAGAAAAUGAGAUAUUGUCAUUAGUAUUUCACUGAAAACAUUGCAUGGCUAAAUUCAAUACUCAACAAAGGCUUUGUAUUUUAACUAAACUGGUGAAUCUUACAUUAGUAAUGAUGCUUAUUAAAAACCUCCUCUUGGAAUAUGUUUCUCUUAGAAAGGGGAAUGACCUCAUUAACGGUUUACUUAGUUGUAUUCCUAAAUCGAAACAUGUGGUUUUAUUAUUUGCAUUUACUCUCAGAUCCAGGAAAUGGCUUCCGAUUUUGAACUAAAUAGUUCAGUUUAGUGUCACAACACCUGACUGCACCAAACAGUUGGCAGACAAUUUUGAUUUGGUAAGGCCAGUUGAUAUUGAUUGAUGGCUUGGAUUUGUGCUGUGGAUGUGGCAGCUACUGAGUUAUGUGCUGUAAAAUACUGCUGAUCAUUUGAUGAUUCAAAAGUGUGAGACUUACUUGAAACAGCCAAAAGAUUAGUGUGUAGUACUAGUAUGACCAAUCACAAGAGGUGCAGUGAGACUAUUUGCAUCUAAACUGGAGAAGGUAGCGGUGGGGAAAUGUACAAUGUUUGAAUAUGGAGUAGUGAAGUUAUGGUAAGACAGGACGCUUUGAGCUGCAUUUUGGAACUGUGUUUUAUUUUAAUUUUUUUUUAACUUUACUGACAUUGCAUUGCAUAGUAACAAAAAUGAAUCCAAAGGGGGAAACGCAUUCUGUUCACAAACUCACAAAGCAACAAUCUGUAUUGUAACUGUGAUGUCACCCCAUCAUUACAUUCACUGAUGAGGUCCCAACAUCAUGUCACAUCAGUGAUUGACAAUGCUAAUGAGCAACUCAUCAGCCACACAAACAUUUAUCCAAACACUGAUUGUUGAUUCCUGUUGGCAGCUUACUGGUACUUUCCGUAUGAGAACAAGACUCUUCUUUGCUCUGAUAUGUCGCCUAAAGGCUUUUUUGAAUUCUUUGAGCUUAAGGCACUCUGCAAAAACACUUAGGUGCGGCACGUAAGCCUUUCUAUGGCAGAAAGGCCAGAAGAAGAUCACGAUACACAUCAGGGCGAAGAGAAGAAAUGAAACAAUGAAAGUCAACUGAUUCUCAUUCUGUCUAUAUGAGAUGAGAUGUGCGGAGUAAAAGCAAAAUGUUCCACACAUUUUUUUUGCCUUUUGACCUUUGACCACAGACAUUAAGGUUUUGUAAAAGGGUUAAUUUAAUAAAUUAUUAGUCAAAACAUCUGUAUAAAUAAUUGCUAGUUGCAACAAUACUCUUUUCUCACUGUGCCCUGGUGGGGUCAGACGUCUAAUGCAGAAUGAUUCCUGCAUGAUUUGAAAAAUAUUUAUACACCAAAUUCGUGUGAGGUGACCCUUGAAACUCUUUUAUUGGGGUUUAUAGUUAAAAUCUUUAGGUGAAAUCUAUAAAAUUUAUAACCAUCAAAGUGGAAAGUCUUUUUUGGACACUUGUCAUUGUUUACAGUUAAAUGUCAAGUUAAACAUCCAUAAAGUAUUCUCUGUGAGAAGAAAGGAGGAGAUUCCACAUGAAAAGCAGCUACAUACUUUCUUUUCAAUUAUUUGUUCUCGGAUGAUUGAGCUCAGUGGUCUUUUCUUUUUUAAUUUGUCAUUAUUAAAAAAAAACAUGUUGGUGGCCCGCCAUAGAUUUACAUAGGCAGGGAAAUCAGGUGUUAAGAUGUAUAUAAGUCGGGUUUUGAGUAACUACAGCCCCAGCUAACCCAGCUAAUUGUUAAACAAAAAACUCUGAAAGUGGCAGUAUAUGUGUGUGGGUGAGUGUGUCCUCAAAUUUGCUUUCAUAUAUAGUAUCAAACAGGGUAAGCCUAGUCGCACAUACUAAUUAUAGAACAUAUUUCCUUUCAAUGUUUUGAGUCUAGUUUCAUAAGUGAAAAUAACAUCAUCUUACAGUGUGUUACAACUUGUACACCAGCUGAGUCCUUGAUGUACCAUUUACCCCAUUUGUAGUACAGCGUCUUUUGUGUCACAGUGUCCAUUGUGAAGUGACUGUGUGAGUGGUAGAAAUAGGUAUUGGUGAGUAUAAGGUUAUGCAGGUCACGAGCAGUGGCCUCAUUGGACUUUAGAGGUGGUUUGAGGCAGGAGGGGGGCAGAAGUGCCCUUUAUGGGUGGCAGAGUAGUAGAUCCAUAGUGCAGGUUGCUGGCUCUCUGCCCAGACAUGCCAUGUGGGGUUCAGAUGGCAGGGUGGAAUAAAAGGAGAGGGGAGCGCACCGCUCUCUAGCAGCUGGUGAGGGAAACAAGAACAACAUUUUGUUUCACCUAUUCACCUUAUCAAGACGUUUCAUUUUUCUUCAUAUUCCAUAUACUUUGACUUUUUUUAAAUCUCCCAUAUUAAAAGAAGUUUUUUGUGAUUUGUUGGUUUUUGCCACACCAGCAGUGAGCAUUGUAGACCAGCCAACAGGACGACUGAGGCUUCUUUCCUCUCUCGCUGCGUUCUCAGGAUAUGAAAGAGACCACCAGUGACAUCAGAAAGACUGAUGUAGGCUAAUGAAAUCUCCAGAUGCCAGCAGUCACCACAACCACUAAGUUCCUUGUCAGGUUUGAUUUUGUUCUGCUAAGUUACCUGCAACUUUGUCCCGCUUAAAUAUGAGGAUAUGUCAAGGCACAUUUAGUUUCUAUUAUAAUGAAGUGAUUAAACCGAGAGCUGCUUGGUGGAGAAAGCCAUUUUGCCCUUGUCCCUGUGUUGUCAUUGCUCUGGUUAUUCGAAGCAAGAGCACCAUCCUCUCAGUCCUUGUCGUGGGAAAGACUGAAAGAAUGAAAUUACAUCGCUCUCAUGCUGGACUAUUUUGAGCUCCCAAAGAGAGUGGCAGAGGGCAGACGCCAGGUUCUAGUGACUCGUCGGUACUUAGGGCAGGAGAAUCCCUCUAGCCCCAGCACGUCUGCAGCCUCUGACUUUGUACUGCUGAAGCACUUUCACGAUCAUAACGAGGAGAGGAGUGGAAGAAUGCUGUGUGCCACAUCGCCAGGUGAGUGUGUUGGCACUCCCAGACUCAAGCCAGAUCUGGAGCCUGAUGACAACACAUCAUUCUACAUCCUAAAUGUGGGCCAGCCCCAGGCUAUGGUCACGAACCACCAGUCUAUUGGCCUGCCUCGUCAUGGUAUGCAGUCUCACUCCCAGGUCAUCAACACUUCCCCACGCCUUCAGUCACACAAAUCAGGAUUGGCUCAUCCAGGCUACGAGGUACAAGACUCCAAGUAUGGCUCCUCCCCUCUUCUGCCCUCUGCUCCUAUGGAGGCACCGAAGGCCUUUGAAUGUCCCAGUAUCCAAAUCACCUCCAUCUCCCCUAGCUGCCAGCAGGAGAUAGGUCCCAAUGGAGAGGAUCUGAGGGCCAAUGGCCCAGAUGGGGACUAUCACGGUGACAGACCUCUAUCCAGAGACCACCUGUAUUUGCGGCUGGACCACUCAUACCGGGACUCUUCGCUCAGUCCUAGCCCAUGCAGCAGUCUCUCUUCUAGGAGCUGGUUCUCUGAUGCCUCCUCAUGUGAAUCAUUCUCACACGUCUAUGAUGAUGUUGACUCAGAGCUAAAUGAAGCAGCUGCCCGGUUUACCUUGGGCUCCCCACUUACUUCCCCAGGCUGUGCCUCCCCUCAAACCGGCGGUGGAGUUCUGGAGGAGCAGCCCCAUUGGCAGCACCAGCACCCUGCCUUUGUGCACCACUCCCACUCCAUCAGCCUGUCACCGCGACAGUCACCCUGCCACUCGCCACGCACCAGUGUCACUGAUGAAAAUUGGCUCAGCCCGCGGCCACCUUCCAGGCCAUCUUCCCGUCCCACCUCACCCUGCGGGAAGAGGCGUCACUCUAGUGCAGACAUCUGCUAUCCCGUCUCAUUGUCUCCACAUCACUCACCCACACCCACGCCAGGACCUUCACCCAGGGGCAGCGUUACAGAAGACACCUGGGUUGGCAGUCCUUCUGUGGGCAUGUCGCCCUUCCAGUGCUGCCCAUCAGAGGCAGACAUCCCAUCUAAGACAAGGAAGACCUCACAGGAUAGAACAACUAUGCAGUCUGGGAAAGGGGAGCUGGGGCUAGAUGACCAAGGAAAUAUGUCGCCUAAUCUAGACUCUCCCUCAGACGAGGCCUUGCACAGCCUGAAGAAAGACGGGCCUGGGGAACAAUUCCUCUCAGUGCCCUCCCACUUCUCAUGGAAUAAACCCAAGCCUGGUCACACACCUAUAUUCAGGACCUCCUCCCUGCCUCCCUUAGAUUGGCCAUUGCCAAGCCAGUUUGGCCAAUAUGACCUGAAGAUAGAGGUACAACCCAAAGCCCACCACCGAGCUCACUAUGAGACCGAGGGCAGCCGAGGAGCCGUCAAAGCAGCGUCUGGUGGCCACCCUGUCGUCAAGCUCAUUGGCUACAGCGAGAAGCCCGUCAACCUGCAGAUGUUCAUUGGGACGGCGGAUGACCGAUACUUGAGGCCGCACGCCUUCUACCAGGUGCACCGGAUCACCGGGAAAACUGUAGCCACAGCCAGCCAAGAAAUCGUAGUCUCCAGCACCAAGGUUCUCGAAAUUCCUCUGCUGCCCGAGAACAACAUGUCAGCCAGCAUCGACUGCGCCGGUAUCCUUAAGCUGCGGAACUCCGACAUCGAGCUGCGGAAGGGAGAGACAGAUAUAGGAAGAAAGAACACACGGGUUCGCGUGGUGUUCAGAGUGCACAUCCCUCAACCUAACGGGAAGGUGCUGUCGCUGCAGGCUCCCUCCAUUCCUGUGGAGUGCUCCCAGCGUUCAGCUCAGGAGCUGCCGCAGGUUGAGAAAUCCAGCCUGACCAGUUGUGUGGUCAGCGGUGGAGAAGAGCUGGUCAUCACGGGCUCCAACUUCUUCCCAGAGUCCAAGGUCAUCUUCCUGGAGAAAGGCCCUGAUGGACGACCACAAUGGGAAGUUGAGGCAAAAAUAAAACGUGAGAAAACUCAAGGAUCAUGCAUCGUGGUGGAGGUUCCUUCCUACCACAGUAAGACUGUGGGCUCAGCUGUGCAGGUGCAGUUUUAUGUCUGCAAUGGCAAGCGGAAAAGGAGCCAAUCACAACGCUUCACUUACCUUUCAGUCAUGGUGAAACAGGAGCACAGGGAUGAGUUGGACCUUCCUGCAAUACCCCCUAUGUCCAUGCCCCUGGCACAUAAUGCCAGUCUGGUGCGCACCCAGCUGCCUUCUCCUGAGCAGUGCCACCCAACAGAUAACCUUCUGUCCAGCUCCCCUCAUGGCCUGGCUGCAGGCUCUGGAGCUGGCCUGCUACCCCUGCAGGCCCCUUGCCCCUCCCUGGGCUCCCCAUCUUUCCAGCACCUGCCUCACCUCCAGAGUCGCAGUUUGCACCACCCCCCUGCGGAUUGCCACAUGACGUUCCACCCGAGCUCUGCUCCUGCUCCUCUUCCUGCUCCUCCCCAUCCCUCCUACCAGCAUAUGCAGCACAGCCACGGUCAUAGCCUGCCUUUCAAUGGCCAGUCCGGCCUUCCUCCUCAGGGCUACGAGAGGAUGCCCUUUCAGCAGAGCCCCACUGCAGCAUCACACCCAAUGGCUUUGGGGAUGGUGUACCCCUCUUCCCCUUGCUCCUCACCAUCAGCUCCCUCCUCUUUAAGCAUGGCUGGGUCUCCACAGAGUCAGCAAUCUCUGCUUUCGCCCUCAUCUCCACAUCUCCACACACUUGCAGGCUAUCACUGCUCUCCAAAUCCAACCCAGGUCUCUUCUCCCAGUUGUCACCCCCUUGUAGGGCAGCACUCCUCCCAGCUGCAGAGGGCCCUGGGCUACCACCCGGUAGGUCAAAGGUCAGCCUCUUGCCCCACACCAUCCAGCGCACCUCCGCCAAGGAUGAUCCCCUCUCCGCACUCCGGGCCUUCCUCCCCUCAGCUCCAUUCGCUGCCCUACCAGUCUCCCACCUCCUCCUCCCCUACUUCAGGUGGCAGUCCUUUGGGGCCUCUUCAACAGCAGCCCUCUCCGCAGGCUACAAGUCCAGUCAUGGCCAGCCUGUCCCCUGCAGCAGUGGGCCCUCUGGUUCACCCUCUGAGCCCUCAGGGGCCCUUCCCAUCGGACAGCGAGAGUCUGAACAUCAAGCAGGAACCAGAGGAGAGGGAGCCCACCUUCCGCUCUAUCGGCCUGCAGGACAUCACGCUGGAUGAUGUGAAUGAAAUCAUCGGCAGAGACCUGUCCCAGUCCCCCAGUGCUCAUGGUCCUCCAUCAGCACACAACCAGUCAUAGCUCAGCCCCUCUCUCAGGCUCCCUGUGGAACACCCCCCCCUCUAAGCCGAGGUCCUGAUCCUGUGAUCGACGGGACGGGAGAGAGGAGGAGGAGACGAGGCUGUGCUGGGUGAUUCUGUUUAAAGCCUCCUGGACCCUGUGAGCUCCACCAGCCUGAGAAGAAGAGCCUCUCUCAUCUGAUACUGAACAGUUUGUCCUUUUCAAAGAAACACAGAGAAAUCCCACAACCUGGAUCAAGAAGAAGAUGAACAGGAGAAAACAGCCACGUAGAUUUGUAAACUGAGGGUGAAGCGGUUGGAGAAUAACGAGGAGCGGCUCUUCUGUCGGUCCUCAGGUGUCAAGAUGUGACCGACCCUCCCUCUUCAUCGGGGGGUGCACCUGAUCCUGCAAAGCACUGCCGUCCUCUCGACCAAUCAGCUCUCUUCGUGAGUUCAGAGCACUCAUAUGUCAGGAGUCAAGUUUCUGCAGCGGAGACAAGACAUCAGAGCGUCUCGCUGCGACUCUCACCAGCAUCGACCAUCGACCACGACGUCACAGCUGCUGUUCUGACGUUUCUUCAGGAUUUUUUACAAACAGCCGUGUACUGAGCACAACAGGAGGUGAUCCCACUCGGGGAUUUUAGACCUGGAAACUUUAUAUUAGACGUGAAAUUUGAUCAUUGAAAUUUCUAAUCAAACCAAACUGUCAGAUUCAGUAAAAAAACUCCACUCUUCUUUUCUCCCUUUUAAAAUUAUAAAACGAUGAAUGCCCUGGGUGCAGGGGCCUGGCAGAGAAAAACCAGCUCCCCUGGUGCUGGUUACAGGAUCUGCAACAUUCCACAACUUUUAGAAACCUUUGCAGCCGUGUAGAUAUCUGUACAUGACCCCCUGUCCCAUACACCUCCACCUGUCUCUUCUCUACGUCCUCCCUCUCCUCCUGAUCCUCAUCCUCACGUUGAACAAAUGCCUUAUUAACAUUUUUAGCAGCUUUGAAUGCUAGCAAAAGCUUUUUUUCUUUUUGGUUGUUUUGCACAGCUGGCUUUGAGUUUGACUUUGAUAUUACUCCAUAGACAGAUGGUACGACGAUAUUCAUGAAUCCUGACGAGGGGAUUCAGGACUGAGUGAACCCUCCUGUUUUCGUUGAAAGAUGUUUUGAAGACGCCCGUUUGUUCCAUGUUACAGAGAAGUGUUUUUCUUCACCCACAGAGACGGACCAUCUUGGCCUCUGACAUUUCUUUUUCAUGCAAUAACCCCCUGACAUCUCCCAGGGACCUCGUGUGCCUUCUAUUAAAUAACAGGCACCAGAGCUGUGACCGGACGACAGCUGAGGUGACAAACUGUAGGAUGGGUAAAGUUUUGAAAGUAUUUUAUACAUAAUUAUGUCUAUAUAUUGCAUUUAUGUGUUGACUCCGCCCUUCUUCGACUCCCUUUCUGUAAUGAUCAAGGUAAAAAUCCCAAUAGUCCAGAGAGCAACAUCUGGAUGUGACGGGGUCUUCCACCCCCCCGGUUUCAAACAAUCGAUAUGUGCUGUUCACAAUCAAAGUCUCGUCCUGAACAGUCUGAUUUCCUGUUCUUUACACAUAUGCAGUGCCUAUGUGGCAGCAAUAACACAACGUUGAUUUGGUUUUUAAAAAGUAUUUCCACACACCUGAUGAGUGUGUGAGCGGACGGGUUCAGAUUCGGAUUAGAAGAUUUCCAUUGGCUUCUUUAUUCUUUUUUUUUUUUGCCUUAAGCUUGACAAUGACGCUCCCGCCUGCGAGAGCCGUUUGAAGUCCUUUUCCAGGUGAAAACGAUUCUGCUAUGCAUUCAAAGUUCUGCCUGAUGCCUUUAAAAUAAAAAAACACGACAAAAAAAAGACCUUGAUGCCUAUAGAAGUGUAGACAACUGUAGACACGUUGUAGAUGCUGGGUUGAUUCUGUUGUUAGCGUCCUGCAUUCGUCCAAUCAGCCUCGUCCAGGACACAGCGCGAGCAUCUUUAAAAGGGUUGGAUAUGUGUGUGUGUGUGUGUGUGUGUGUGUGUGUGUGGAUGGUCGGUGUUUCUACCAAAUAUGCUGUACAGAAGACAGGGAUUUAAAGAGUCCUAUUUCAACAACAGAAGCACACGUGUGUAUUUAAUCUAUGCAAACUAUAAGAAGCAAAUGUGAAAUAUGAGAAAUGAGAUUAGACUAUUUGUAACGUCGCGUAAAAAAAAGAGGAGAAAUAAAACAUUCAGAUAGUGAGAGCAUCACGUCACUAUGUAAACUGUUAGGAGGCCUUAACUCUUGUGUCUGUGUAUGCUGUUGAGUUGAUUUUCCCCUCAAAGACAUAAGUGAAUAAUAUUAUAAUUAAAAUUUUGGGGGAUUUUGAGCGGGGGGGGGCAGGAUGGGUUGGAGAAGGGAGAUGGCGUCUUCUUUUCUUCUUUUUUUUUUUUUGUGCAUACAAAGCAGGUUGUGCAGCUUCAAAGACUUGAGUCAACAAAAAAUAAAAAUGAAAAACCAGCAUCGACAGUAAAUCUCUGGCUGCCGUCCUCCUCUGUCACAACCAAAGACCGAACAACAUGUUCCCACUUUACACGAUGGUAAAGCAACAGAGACUGUACUACUCUAUUUUUGAUACUUUCAAAUGGAUGUCAUUCCUAAAAGGUUGAGGUCUGAGUGUCUAGUGUAUAUAUACAUUCUAUAUAUACACUAGACACUCACACAUACAUAUAUGAAAUUGUUUUGUAAAAUAAAAGGGAAAUACAGGUUUAGCUGAUGUUUACCGAGCCUUGUAUUGUCAUUUCUUGUAUAUUUUGUAUGUUAAAUUUUUUUUUUGUAAUUUUUAAGACUGCAGUGCUUUUUGAAAUUAUUCAAAGGGAAAACCUUGCAUCAUAAUGUAGGCUCUAAAGUAGUGUAUAUCAAUAAAACUGAAAACUCA